AUGCCCCCAGCCCUCCCAACAACCCGCCGCGCCUUCCGCCGAACAGACGACUACACCCCCGGCACACGCAAACUCUACGCAGUCGACGAACCCCUCCCGCCCCUAGGCCCCACCUCGGUGCUGAUCAAAAUCCACGCCAUCGCCCUCAACUACCGGGACGCCAACAUCGCCAACGGCGGGAACCCGUGGCCCGUCCUCCCGCACGGGAUCCUAUGUAACGACGCCGCCGGGGAAGUCCUCGCCGCCGGCGCCAAGGUCACCAGCCUGGCCGUCGGCGACCGCGUCGUCCCCAUCACCGACACGCAGUUCGUGUCCGGCCGGGAGCUGGGCCGGAGCUGGCUCGCGGCCGACGAGGACGGGGUCAUGGCGGAUCACGUCGUGUUCGAUGAGAGGGUGGUCGUCAAGUUGCCGACGUAUUUGGACUGGAUCAGCGCCGCGACGAUUCCCUGCGCGGGCGUCACGGCGUGGUCUGCGCUCAAGGGGAUGAGUAUCGGGCAGACGGUUCUUAUUCAGGGAACCGGCGGCGUGAGUGUGUUUGCGCUGAAGCUUGCGCGCGCGGCGGGCCUGCGCGUGAUCUUGACCUCGUCGAGCGAUGAGAAGCUGGUGGCCAUGCAGAAGAAGUACGCGGAUCCGCCGUUGUUGACGGUUAAUUACUCUAAGAUCCCGGCGUGGGAGGAGGAGGUGCUCCGGUUGACGGACGGGGUGGGCGUGGACAUUGUGGUCGAGAAUGGGGGCACGCCGUCGCUCGUGCGGUCGAUGAAGUGCACGCGGCGCGGCGGGGUCGUCAGCCAGGUCGGGUAUCUGGGAAAGCAAAAUGCGCAGGAUCUGGCGGCGUUGGUGCCGGUUAUUAUCGAUCGGCGGGUCGUCUUGAGGGGUAUCAAUGCGGGCUCGAAGUUUGAUACGGAGGACUUCUGUGCGGCGCUGGCGGCGACGCAGAUUCACUUAAAUGAUCUGAUUGACUCAGUAUUUCCGUUCGAGAAGGCGGAGGAGGCGGUCGAGUAUAUUUGGCAGGGGAAGCAGGUGGGGAAGAUUGUGCUUCAGCUGUAG